AUGGCACUCCCGCUCAUUCAACCACCCAAGCAUUUCGAGCCGGGCAGCAAUCCCCCCGAAGCGUGGUCGGACUGGAAAGCGGCCUAUCAGCUUUACGAAGCAGCAUGCGAGUACAGCGCGAAGCCAGAAGCAACAAGGCGAGCACUGCUACUUCACGUCAUGGGUCCAACAGCGCGGAAGGUCGUGGAGACAUUCCGUUUUUCUCCGCCAGCUGAAGGUGAGCAAAGAAGCGACACAGUGGCAGCCAUUUUUGCAAAGUUCGACGAGAGAUACCUUCCGUACAAAAACGUGACACAAGCGACAGCCGUCUUCAACAGCAUGUGUCAAAAAGAAAACCAGCCCAUUGACCAGUUCAUUGCUGAACUCCAGCAGCAAGCAGCAAAAUGCGACUUCGGUGACAAGCAUGACCACCUCCUGGGCGACAGGAUCAUCGUCGGCAUUCGGGAUGCAGCACUUCGAGAAAGGCUGUUUCGCGAGAGAGACCUAACACUGGAGAAAAUUGUCGCGACGUGCAGAGUUGCGGAAAUAUCCAAGCAGCAUGUGUCUUCGCUAGCAACGGCAGCAGAUGGACAAGAAGUGAAUGUGGACAACUUGAACAGAAAACACAAGCAAGCUCGACAACAAGCACCCGACAAGCAACAGCCGAGAGGACAACCAUCGUUGUACCGAAGAAACAGUCAGCCUAGAGAAACAGUAUCUCAACGCACAUGCGGCAGGUGUGGAACCUUGCACCAACCCCGACAUUGCCCCGCCUACGGCUCUACCUGCUACGCGUGUGGGAAGUUGGGACACUACGCGAGUGUUUGCCGUCAGAAGCAACGAACAAUGCAGAGAAAAGUUCGGAUGCUUGGCGCCGACCAGGGUGACGACCCCGACCAAGAACUCUUCUUGGGAAGCCUCACCGUGGACAUUGUGGAAAAUUCAUCAUCAGACUGGUUCGAAUGCGUCGAAGUUAAUGGCCGCGACGUGAACUUUAAGUUGGGCACAGGGUCCGACGUGAACAUUCUCCCUGAGCAGCUAGUGUUGAAAUGGAAGCCCCAGCCGACUGUGACAACAACAAAGGCAAAGACCACAACUUACCUCGGUGAGCAACUCGACAUCGAUUAUGAAUGUGAGCUCUCUUGCUCAGUGAAAAACAAGCAAAGCAUCCUAAAAUUUUUGCUAGUCAAAGAAAGCCUCAAGCCUAUACUUGGAGCAGCUGCAUGCACAGCGCUAGACUUGGUGCACAGAGUCAGGAACAAUAAAGCAGUGGAAAAGACGUACCCCUCAGCUUCUCAACAGCUUGAAGCCGUGCUCCAAGAAUUUCCUGAUGUGUUCAGAGGCACUGGCAGGCUACCUGGAGAAUACAGCAUACACCUCCAGCCAGAUGCUAAGCCUACAGUUUUUGCCCCUCGCCGUGUAACUAGUGCACUAGAAAAUACUGUGAAAGCUGAACUCGAACGAAUGGAACAGAAUGGCAUAAUCAAGCGUGUGACGGAACCAACAGACUGGGUGCAUCCUAUCGUCAUAAUCACAAAGAAAGAUGGAAGUGUGCGAAUCUGUCUUGACCCAAGGAACUUAAACGCAGCCGUGAAGCGACAUCACUAUCGCAUUCCAGUUCCAGAAGAACUGUUCGCGCGGCUAAGUGGGUGUACAGUGUUCUCAGUUUUGGAUGCCAAGAGUGCAUUUUGGCAGUUAGCUCUUGACGAAAGCAGCUCGUAUUUGUGCACAUUUGCCACACCUUGGGGACGCUAUAGGUUCCUUCGGGUACCAUUUGGCCUCAAUACAGCCACUGAACUUUUUCAGCAAGCAAUUGACAGUAUCUUUGAACGUCAAGGCCUUGUCACGCCAUACUUUGACGACAUCUUGAUCGCAUCAAGAACACUUGAAGAGCAUGUGGCACACUUGCGUAAAGUGCUCAGCACAGCACGAGCUAACAACCUCAAACUGAACUAUGACAAACUCAAACUGGGUUUGCCCUCAGUCACCUACCUAGGACAUCAGCUGACACAGCAAAGCAUCACCCCUGAUCCCAGUAAAGUCAAGGCGAUCAAUGCAAUACCAGCACCAACUAGCAAAGCUUAG